AGCACAGCACAGCCGCGCUGCCUGCCGCCUGCCGCCGCCUGAGGGUCUCAGCACCAUGAGGGCCUGGAUCCUGCUCCUCGUCUGCCUGGCCGGGAGGGCCCUGGCUGCCCCGCAGCAGGAGGCGCUGCCAGACGAGACGGAGGUGGUGCUGGAAGACACGGCACCUGCUGAGGAGGCCGAGGUGCCCGUGGGAGCCAACCCCGUGCAGGUGGAGGUGGGCGAGUUCGAGGAUGGCACCGAGGAGGUGGCCCCCGAGGAGCUGGUGGCAGAGAACCCCUGCCAGAACCACCACUGCAAGCACGGCAAGGUGUGCGAGCUGGACGAGAGCAACACCCCCAUGUGCGUGUGCCAGGACCCCACCAGCUGCCCCGCGCCUGCUGGCGAGUUUGAGAAGGUGUGCAGCAACGACAACAAGACCUUCGACUCCUCCUGCCACUUCUUUGCCACCAAGUGCACCCUGGAGGGCACCAAGAAGGGCCACAAGCUGCACCUGGACUACAUCGGGCCGUGCAAACACAUCCCACCGUGCCUGGACUCCGAGCUGGGCGAGUUCCCCCUGCGCAUGCGGGACUGGCUGAAGAACGUGCUGGUCACCCUGUACGAGCGCGACGAGGACAACAGCCUCCUGACCGAGAAGCAGAAGCUGCGGGUGAAGAAGAUCCACGAGGACGAGAAGCGCCUGGGGGCCGGGGAGCACCCCGUGGAGCUGCUGGCCCGGGACUUCGAGAAGAACUAUAACAUGUACAUCUUCCCCGUGCACUGGCAGUUCGGGCAGCUGGACCAGCACCCCGUGGACGGGUACCUGUCCCACACGGAGCUGGCACCCCUGCGAGCGCCCCUCAUCCCCAUGGAGCACUGCACCACGCGCUUCUUCGAGACCUGUGACCUGGACCACGACAAGUACAUCGCCCUGGAUGAGUGGGCCGGCUGUUUCGGCAUCCGGGCCGAGGACAUCAACAAGGACCUGGUGAUCUGAGGCGCGGGGCCGGCCCCGGACCUCCCCUCCCCGUGCCCCACAGACGCUUGGAAGGCUCUGCCCGAGAAGGUGCUAAUCUAACGAGAACUCCUUGGUGCUAACCCCCACCCCAACGCUCCACCACCCCUGCUCACGCACGGCCCCACCCCCAGCCAGGGAGGGGCGGCGGCCCAGGAAAGGGAGAGAGAAGCUGGCAGGUGCUCAGGCACCCGGGGGCUCCCUGGGGUCCCUGGGCGGUGGCCGGAGAGGGUCUCUCACCUGGGGGUUCUGCUCCAAGUUUGGGACCUGGAAGCAGCAGCUGCCAAAAAUGCCCGCCUUGGGGUGCCCACCACACCCCACGCUGGGCACGUCGAGGGCAGAGGAAGUAGAUGGACGAGAGGACUGGCCUGUGGGCUGCUCGGCCGUGCUCCCUUCACGCUCUGUCGCGAGGGGUCUCUCCCUCCAGCUCGCGCAUGAGCCCUCCCCCCCUUCCUUCUGUUAAUCACGAGAACCUUCGAAGUGUCUCCGGGCUGAGCCCGCGGCCUCCAAGCAUUUCAUGGAAAAGCUGCUCCCGAUGGAUCGUGCCAACUCCGCAAAACUGGAGUUUGCCCAAAUAAA